AUGAUGAUGCUAAUUGGGAUUGUGAUGAUGAUCAAGAUACAGAUGUUAAUACUGGUGAUAAUAACGCUGGUGGUAAUAGUAAUAGUGGUGGUAAUACAAAUACUGGGGGUAAUCAAAAUGCAGGUGGUAAUAGUAAAACAGCAAUUGGACACGCUAAAAAUAACGAUAUCAGGGGCACUAAGUUUCAUUUUUAAGAUUUUCAAACAAAAACCAACGGAUAUCAAUGGAGUCUAUAAAUUAGUAGUAGACUUUAUGCAAGGGUUUGGCGGAGUUAUUGAUACUAAAUACAAUGGAUAUGGAUCCCUUCUUGUUCGAAUGUCAAUCGCUCUCAGUAGAAUAUCUAUCUGUUUAUCCGGAAAGAACAGUCACAUUCCGUUCUGUACGCGAGAUUUUCCACAAUACAACAUAAAAGGAUGCGGUACCGACAUACAGAAUGUUCGAGAAAGAUUAAGUGUUAGUAACUCGCAUCAAUUAGUCAUUGAAUUUAUAAAUAAGUUUACUAAUGGACAAGGACUCAAUUCUACUAAAGGAUUUGUCUACAUAAUGUUCAAAUUCGGACUCGAUUUAGCCAAUAUUCUUGAUGGUAAAGUCAUUCAUCAGAAAUCAUUCAGCACUCUUAUUAUUAAUGUGAGCAUUCUUAUGGGUGGAUUUGCGAACGGUAUCAGAAGUAAUUUGGGAAUAACUAUUUCAUACGGCAUCUUGAAGACUUGUCAUCCAAUUCUGAUCAAAAAUGGAUAUCAAGGAGUUCUCACUCAUUACAAAGAUGUAAAAACAACAAUUAAAUCAUGCAACGGCAACCCUGGACCGUUUCAACCAACAAAUACUAAUGAUGACGACAAUGACUUAACAAAUAAUGACAACUGGGUUUGUGAUGAUGAUCAAAAUUCUGGUGAACAGAAUUCAGGUGAACAAAAUAAUGAUACAACCAAUGUUGGUUAUAGUGGAUCAGGAGGAAGUAAUUCAAAUACGAAUACAGACAAUUCUACUAAUUCUGGUACAGUACCUUCUGAAAACAACGCAAAUGCUGCAAGUAAUACAAAUACAGAUAGUUCUACAAACACAGGAAACGAUGCUAGUAAUACAGGUGGAACAGUUACUUCUGAAAACAACGCAAAUGCUGCAAGUAACGCAAAUACAGGAAGCAACUAUAGUACUAGUAAGACUGACAGUGAAAGUAGUGCUACUGUUAAUAACGGUGCUAGUAAUGAUAACAAUGCAAGUAAUAAUGGUAACUAUAGCAACGAUAACAAUGGUGUCAAUCAAAAUAAUCAAUAUAGUGGUACUAAUACAGAAAACAGUGAAAACACAAGCUAUAAUACCAGUGGUAGUAAUACCAACGUUGUCAAUGGUGGUACUUCUAAUACUGGAAACAGUGAAAAUAACAGUGCUACUAACAACAACAGUGGUACCAACAUUAACAGUGCUACCAAUAACAACAACAGUGGUUCUUACAGUAGCGGCACUAACGACAGUGGUGCCUAUAAUAGCGGCACUAAUAACAACAGUGGUUCUUACAACAGCGGCACUAACGAAAACAGUGGUUCCUACAGUAGCGGCACUAACGAAAGUGGUACCUAUAAUAGCGGCACUAAUAACAACAGUGGGUCUUACAACAGUGGCACCAAUGAUAACAAUAGCGGCACCUACACAACUUAUGAGAAUUGUACUACACUUGACAAUGACUAUAAUGGUGGAUAUGAUGAGAGUAAUUCUAAUGUUCAACCACAAAGUGGUAUAAUUUAUUGGGAAUAUGUACCAGAAACAAAUGAAUCUACACAACAAUAAUAUUGUGUAAUAAUUUCAUUUAUCUUAUGUGUUUUGUUAAAUAAAACGAACAUAAUCAAUUU